AUGCAUAUUAAAAAUAAACAAGUUUACGAAAAUAAAAAACAAUCUAAAAAACAAGUUACACUUGCCACAAUGCAAAUUGCAUCCAAAUCAAAAAGAGAAGUUAUAGAAGAUUUAAUUAAAGCCUUUUCUUCUGCCAAUAUUCCUUUUGAAAAA